CCGGAGCCGGAGCCGGAGCGGGACGGGGCAGCGCGGAGAGAGGUUCUCAGGAGUGUUUACCCAGGCUCAGCUCCCACCUUGCCGUUUGCACGGGAGAGGUGCAUUGACAUGAAAAGAAGGAGUUGUAUUAGCAAAUGUUGAUCGGCGCUGGGGCAGGCAGGCGUUGCCCAAGCACAGGCAUCUGCUGAGAUUGUGGCGUGUCAUUUGGAGCUUUCAGCAAGACACUUGGCUACCGUGAGGCUGGGAAGGCUGUCACUACUGCAGGAGGUAAAAUAAGAACAUGGCAUGAUGUCCUUUGGAAAAGGAGCGAUGGCAGCCAUCAGGAAGAAGCUGGUGAUCGUGGGAGAUGGUGCCUGCGGGAAGACGUGUCUGCUGAUCGUGUUCAGCAAAGACCAGUUCCCCGAGGUCUACGUGCCCACAGUGUUUGAGAACUACAUUGCUGACAUAGAGGUGGAUGGCAAGCAGGUUGAGCUGGCCCUGUGGGACACGGCGGGGCAGGAGGACUAUGACAGGCUGCGGCCCCUCUCGUACCCGGACACAGAUGUCAUCCUCAUGUGCUUCUCCAUCGACAGCCCCGACAGCCUCGAGAACAUCCCUGAGAAGUGGACGCCGGAGGUGAAGCACUUCUGCCCCAACGUGCCCAUCAUCUUGGUGGGGAACAAGAAGGACCUGCGCAACGACGAGCACACGCGGCGGGAGCUGGCCAAGAUGAAGCAGGAGCCGGUGAAGCCAGAGGAGGGGAGGGACAUGGCCAACAGGAUCAACGCCUUUGGCUACCUCGAGUGCUCGGCCAAGACGAAGGAGGGGGUGCGGGAGGUGUUUGAGAUGGCCACCCGAGCUGGGCUGCAGGUGCGCAAGAACAAGAAGCGCAGAGGCUGCCCGCUGCUGUGAGCAGCCCUGCUGGCAGCAGCACUGCCUGCCCUGCCCAGGGGCACUGCUGGCACACAGCCCCAGCAGCGCCUCGUGGUGCCACCACCUGCCCCGCACCCUUUGCACCAGACUGCCACCCACGCUCGCAGGGUGUCCCUGUGACAUUCCAGGGCCAUGAGGGGCCAGUGCCUUCAGCACCUGCUGCUCUCCGUGGGCCGGUGCUCGUGUUGCUCCCCGUGUUGCCCCGUUUUGUACUGAGCUCCCUGCUUUUGCCUUUCCCACGGGCAUUGCUGGGGUAUUCCCUCUCUUUCCCCUGCUCUGGGCAGGUGCCACAGAAGCAGGAGGUGCCGGUCACAGCUCACGUGUGCGGUGUGCCAGGCCCUUGGUGUGCUGUGCCUGGUCUCCCUGGGCGUGCAGGCAGCACACAGCAGUGUUACAGACCUGCCCGGGCGGUUUCAGCCCUGUCUGAGCAGAGCUGGGCUCAGCUGCUGCCAGCAGCUCUCCUCUGGGACCUGUGCCCAGCUCUGCCGGCACUGCCGCCUCCGAGUCUGCCUCGGCCGUGGGCUUGGCAGCACUAAACCAACUGCAUAAUUGGGAGAAUAAAUGCAAACUGGUAUUUUAGUAAUUGUAA